UUCACCAUGAAGCAUCUCAACAGCUCCAACUCCACCUUCUCCUUCAAUACUAACCAAGUUGCCCCCAGUGUGGUCCUGGGGCUUUGCUGUUUGGUGGGCGUCCCCGGCAACAUUGCAGUCAUCGUGGUGAUAGUACGCAGGUACAGGAGUGAAAAUUUCACGCUGAAGCUGAUGCUGAACCUGGCAGUUUGCGACCUGUUGUCCCUCAUCACACUGCCAGUGUGGAUCUACACCUUGCUGUAUGGCUGGAUGCUUCAACGUUUGGCCUGCAAAAUAAUAGCUUAUUUUGUUUACUGUAAUUUAUACUCAAACCUGCUGACGGUCACCCUGAUGAGUGUGCAGCGCUACCUGGCUGUGCUGUACCCUCAGUCCUGGGCUAGGCUGCGUGGGAUGGGUGAGAGGGUUCUGCUGGUCACCAUGUGGGGGCUGUCAGGUGUACUUGCCUGUCCUAUGAUUGUGGUUGGGGAUGUGGUUCUGGACAAGGAUAAAGGACAGUACAGUUGUGUUAGGACGUACAGGUCUGACGGGGAGAAAGUGGCCGUUCUGUUCAUGGAGACUCUGCUGGGGUAUGUUGUGCCUUUCUCCAUCCUGGUCACCACUUACUUCUGUCUCCACAAGAAAGUGAACCAGACCGCCUUCUUCAGCAGUCAGAGGAUGACCAGGCUGGUGACCAGCAUCGUGGUCACCUUCUUCAUCUUCUGGAGUCCCGUUCACGUCAUAAACAUUUUGAGCAUAUCAUCGGUUUUACUCAGAUCCGAAAGUCUGCAAAAAUUAUCUGGGACUGCUGGGUACAUUACUGGGGCUCUGACCUUCAUUAACAGCUGUGUGGACCCCUUCCUCUAUGCCUUCAGCUCACGAAACCUCCGGCAAGACGCCCAGCCAUCAGAAAACAUGACAGAUGUCUCCUCCAGGAAUGUCUAAAAUAGCUGAGCUAAAGCAGCCAUCUUCCUAACAUCUCCAAGGCUGAGUAACUCCAUUCUUACAGCUAAAGUAAACUAAUCUCUCUGUUGAACUGAAAUGUACUUUUGACAAUUUAAUCCUUUAUCAGACAGUAGUCAUGUUUCUCUUAGUGCAUUGCAAUUUUUUUUGCCAUUUUUAACUUUCAAUAAGGCUGCUUAAUUAUUAAUCAUUAAACAGCGCCAUCCUCUGUUUUAUUCAUAAUGCUAAUGCUGUAAUUGUGGAAAAUACAUCUUGAUGACAAUUCCUUGUACAGCAUAUUAAAGUGACAGUAGACAAGUAAGGUAUUAGGCAGAAGUGAACACAGACACAGGUUGCCAGUGUAUCAUAGUAAUGACUGAACAUGUUUGUUUUAUAUUUUCAAGGUGAAAAUCCUGCAUUGUAUGCCUUUAACUGAGAAUUCCCAUUGCAAUUGAGAGAAGGUAGACCUGGCCCACAGGGUGGAACAAUCAUAAAAUAAAUAAUGCCUGACAUCAAUUAUACAUUUAAAAAAAUGUCAAUGUUAAAAGCAAUCUCAUCUAGCAUUCCCUACUGAAAUUCUGGAUUUAACUUAUUUCCCUGAAAUUAAGCUCUCAAGGCAGAGUGGUUAUAAAGAUUAUUCCAGGACCUUUUUAACCAAAUCAGUUCUUAUUCUUGGUACCAGGAACAUGCAAGAAUAACCAACAUCCAGAGAUAAGGCUUGGUGAUGGGUUCAUGAGUUCAAGACUUAUGAAAGCUGUUGUCACAUACAUAUCAAUUAUUUCACCAAAAUUAAGUACCGGUAGAAAAGUUGCAGAUGCAAUUUUAAACAUUUCUUACAGAAAAGGUUCAGUAAUCACAUGAUUUGCAGCACCAAUGUAGCCUGUGAGUAUGUCUGUGCAUGUGAGUCUGGAAGAUAAUACUAUAAUAAAGAAAUACUAGAAAUAUU